CAUCAAUAUUAUUAACGUUAAACUUUUAAAAGAAACAAAAUCAUAUAACAACAACAAUAAUAACAAAUUUAUAAAUUUCUAAAGAGAAAUCACAAGAAAUAAUAAUAAUAACAAUAUGGGAUUAGGAAGUUCAACGCAUGCAGGAGAGGAAUUUAGUGCUCCCAAGAGACAAUCAUCUGCUUCAUCAUCAACUCAGAAAAAGCCUGAAGAUGUUGUUUUGGAGAAGGUUUUAGCCAAUUCGAUUAUUAAACAAAAACUUGGUAACAAUAUUCAACAAAUGAAGAUGUUUGCUCAGCAGUUGGCCUAUCCAGAAGAAUUGAAGGAAUCGUAUUUACACACUGAUUGGGUACAAACAACAAAGUUGAUAUCAGACAUUUCGACCAAAGUUAACGAAGAUGUUUCUAAUUUAAAUGAUGGCAGCAGUAGCCAAGAUUUGAUUAGGAGAGGAUCUCAAUUACUUCAAUCGACACAAUCGGCCAAUGAUAUGAAGAUUAUUGGCUCUUUUAAUUCUACAAUGAACUCACAAGAAGGAGAUAAUUUUAAUAGCGAGCUUGCUAAACAGCCUCCUCUCCAAUUGAAGGACAAGAUUAGAAUUAAAUUAUUAGUAACCGAAACUGCAAGAAAUAAUACUGAUAGAACUAUUAGACAAUUGUUGUCGCCUGUACUGAAUCAAUUUAAUGUUCUACCAGAGAUGGGUAUGUUCCAUACUGCUCUUAUUGUAGGUCCAUGGAAAUUGGAGUUUAAUGAUUCGGGUAUUGUAGUACCUAGAAAAAUCAUGUCACAAGCAGCUGUAGUUACUGCUGAUAUUGAUUAUAUUUCGACUGUUGACAGAUUGGAACAAGUUAUCGACAGUCUUGCUAAAGUAAUUUGUAAAUGGAACGUGACAAUGUAUUAUAAACAAACAGGUGGAGACAAGUCAAAAUAUGGAAAUUGUCAAGAUUUUGUGGAUGACUGCAUGGAAGCAUUAGGAGUAAAAUUAAACUUUGAUGGAGCCUUGAAGAAUUUCCUGACGCGUUUGAGAAAAACAGGAAAUAGCAAACUUCAAUUCGAAAUGACCAGAGAAUUUAUUGAGACUUUUAAUCUAGUUGAAAUUUAUCCAUCACUUCAGCGAGCUUUACAACAACACCAAGACAACUCGAGUAGUGGAUCGAAUAAUUCUUCAGAGCAGGAUGAAGAUCCAGCUGGUGCUCUUAUUUUUAAUACCCAUAAGGAACUCGACAAGUUUGUUUGGAUUUUGAUGAAUAAGGACUUUGAAUUUCAAAAUCAUUACCCAUGUGAAUAUCAACUUUUGAAAUCAUUUGAUAGAGCUUUCUGGGUUAAGGCUAUCACUUAUCCAGACAUGCAACAAUUCCAUCCACUCUAUGAAGAUGAGGAAAAGAAUCAACCACCACCAAAGAAUGAAGAAAGGAAACACAAGUGUCCUUUCGGAGAUCCUUGUGCAGCAUCAUUCAUUUAUCUUCAAUAAAUGUCACAUUUUAUUUCC